GCCCGGCGUGGGGCGGUGUGCAAAGCGCGCUGGUUGGCGUGGCCCGGACACGCCUUCCCGCCCGCGGAACAAAACGGGGCGCAGGCGGGGCGCGCGCUGCCGCCGCUUCCGAGAGCGCUUCCCGCCCGCGCCGCCCCGACCGAGCCCGCUGCCAGAAUGCCGAACUGGGGAGGAGGCAAGAAGUGCGGGGUGUGCCAGAAGACAGUCUACUUUGCUGAAGAGGUUCAGUGCGAAGGGAACAGCUUCCACAAGUCCUGCUUCCUGUGCAUGGUGUGUAAGAAGAACCUGGACAGCACCACCGUGGCCGUGCACGGCGAGGAAAUCUAUUGCAAGUCCUGCUAUGGCAAGAAGUACGGGCCCAAGGGCUAUGGCUACGGGCAGGGCGCCGGCACGCUGAGCACCGACAAGGGCGAGUCACUGGGCAUCAAGCACGAGGAGACCCCUGGCCACAAGCCCACCACCAACCCCAACGCAUCCAAGUUUGCUCAGAAGAUUGGCGGCGCGGAGCGCUGCCCCCGGUGCAGCCAAGUGGUCUAUGCGGCCGAGAAGGUGAUUGGUGCGGGGAAGUCCUGGCACAAGUCCUGCUUCCGGUGUGCCAAGUGUGGCAAAAGCCUGGAGUCGACCACCCUGGCUGACAAGGAGGGCGAGAUCUACUGCAAAGGAUGCUAUGCCAAAAACUUCGGGCCCAAGGGCUUCGGCUUCGGACAAGGGGCUGGAGCUUUGGUCCACUCGGAGUGAGCCCGGCCGACUCCCCCGACUCCACGCUUCCCCCCAGCAGCUCCGCGGCCCCCUGGCCCCGCGCCCCCGCUCCCACCCCGACACUCGCUCACUAAUGCCUAAACCUGGCUGGCCGGCUCCCCUGGGUGUGGGGUCAGCUGGAGGUCCCUAAGGGGCUCCCUGACCUGGGAUCUGCACCCUCACCAACUAAAAAUGCCAGUCCUUUGAGUCUGGGUGGGCCCGGCCCUUCUCCCCACCCCACCCCACCUCUGUCCUUUGCUUCCAG